UAGUUAGUAGUCUACGCGAAUACCGAAUAGAUUUUUUAGACGCUCUCCCUCAGGGUCAGAACCUCGUCGCCGUUACAGAUGGAAGAGUACUCACCUAACGACGAGGAUGGCACUUCCUAGAGUGAUAAUAGCACACAUACAAGAGAAACGAGGCCCAUGAGAAUGAAUUACCAGAGAAAUCAUAAGAAGCGUUUUCACUUAGAAAGAGCUUGACUGUAUUGCUCUGCUCACAAAACAAAGUAGUAGUAGUACACAUCGCGGCCACAUAUCAUUUACAUAACCAGGGAUCAUGUCGAUCAUUCCUGCACUUCCAUGACCUUUCUACUCUUUUUGCACAUAGUAUUCUGUUUUGGAGGCGAACAGUAUGCAAUCACAUGAGUUUUCGUUAUUCAAAAGUUGGGGCACUUUUUCUAGAAGAUAGAGAUACUAAGUUUGAGUUAAGACACCGGCCAAAGCCUCCAGCUCCACAGCGGAGAAAGACAGACACAUGAGGGGCCUAUUGCUCUUCUAACCAUUCAAGAAUGUCAAGACAGGAAGAUGCGAAGAUAUGAGCCGUUGACUAAUUUGCCCGUGGGGUUUCGGCUCUAGCUUUUCUGCGGCGAUGGCCGUUGUGCUUCGUCGUCUAGUAUUUUUAGGUGCCUGGCCGUUGUGCUUCAGGAUUC